GAAGCAGUAUUUUGAGUGUGACGCCAGGUGGCCGAGCCCAGAACUACACGUCCACUGUUACUCGUCUCAAAUUCCCAUCACAAAUCUCAUCUCAUUUCGAAACUGUGUAGAGUGAGAUAAGCUGUUAUCUGGAUAAAAAAUACUUGACGUUUAAAAGUUUUAAGUUGUAAAUACGGUUAAUUGUUGUGGCAAAAGGUGUGCUUAAGUAAGUGACAAUGCGGUUACUUCCCAUUAAUAAAACUAUAUUAAUCAGAAAAAUGUUCACUUCACCGGUAAGAGAGAAGAUUGUUCCUAAAAACCUCAAAGGCAAGAGUAAAAGUUCGCAAGAGUGGCUUACUCGACAGUUGAACGAUCCGUAUGUUAAAAAGGCACACGAUCUGAAUUACAGGGCCAGAAGUGCGUUUAAACUGAUAGAAAUGGAUGACAAACUCAAACUUCUGAAACCGGGUGUGGUCGUUGUCGAAUGCGGGGCAGCUCCCGGUGCAUGGACACAAGUGAUCGUCCAAAGGAUUAACAGUGAUGGAAAAAAUCAGAAGAAACCUGUGGGAAAAGUGAUUGGUAUAGAUCUCCUUCCGAUUGAUCCUCUCCCUGGAGCCAUCCUGCUUCCCGGGUGUGACUUUACAAGCCAAGAAACUCUGAAAAAAAUUGCAGAUUUGUUGCAAAACUGUGGCGAUCCAUCACUAAAUUCUCAACCCGUUGGCGUUGAUAUUAUCCUUAGCGACAUGGCUCCAAACUCUACCGGAAUGCAUGGGGUCGACCAUCCAAGAAUAAUAACGCUUGUUCGAGAAGCCUUAAAAUUUGCGACACAGCAUGGAAAAGUUGGGAGUCAUUUUGUAACUAAAAUUUGGGAUGGGAGUGAAACCAAGGAGUUGGAGAAGGAGUUGGAAUCGGCUUAUCAUAAGGUUGGGAGAUUAAAGCCACCGUCUAGUAGGGCAGACUCGGCUGAAGUUUUCCUCUUUGCUAAAGGCAAGAAGAAAAUUUAAUUAGGUUUAAAAUUAUUAGAAGGGGUUUAAUUAGCAUUUAAUUUUAUGUUCGUAGAAUAAUUUAUCUUUGCUCAAAGUUAAAAUUUUUGACGAUUGCCCAGAAUUUUAAUUA